GGUGCUGAUGAGAGCGAGGAGGGGAUGUUUGUGCGUGAUGCCGCGGCUGCGUCUGGUGGUGAUGCUGCCAUUUCGGAAGCUCACACGGAAAUAAUAGCAGCUCCCAUCAUCAGCUGAUAUGCACACUCACCAGCUGGAUUCUGUCUGUCCUCUUUAAAGCCCUGAUGCUGGACGGGUUCAUGUGCUGCAUCUUAGGGGGAUUAUCUCUGUGAAUUGCUGCAUCACUGCCACCGACAGCCUCAGGGGUCAUUUUCAGAAGACACCAUCGUCAACAUGGAGCUUGUUUUUUACAGACGCUGAGCUCUGAAUCAAGAUUUCAGUCUUGAGUCAUGGAGACGAUAUGGCUUUACCAGUUCCGUCUGAUCGUCAUCGGAGACUCCACAGUGGGCAAGUCAUGCCUGAUCCGCAGGUUCACGGAGGGUCGCUUCGCCCAGGUGUCAGACCCCACAGUGGGGGUGGACUUCUUCUCUCGCCUGGUGGAGAUUGAGCCUGGAAAAAGGAUCAAACUUCAGAUCUGGGACACUGCAGGACAAGAGAGGUUCAGGUCCAUCACCAGAGCCUACUACCGUAACUCAGUGGGUGGCCUUUUGCUCUUCGACAUCACAAACCGCCGCUCCUUCCAGAACGUCCAUAACUGGCUGGAGGAGGCGCGAAGCCACGUUCAGCCGCACAGCAUCGUCUUCCUGCUGGUUGGCCACAAGUGUGACCUGGAGGCCCAGCGUCAGGUGACCCAGCACGAGGCCGAGAAGCUGGCGGGGGCUUACGGGAUGCGUUACGUGGAGACAUCAGCGCGGGAUGCUAUUAAUGUGGAGAAGGCGUUCGUGGAUCUGACGAGAGAAAUCUUCGAGCUGGUCCGGAACGGUGACAUCCAGAUCCAGGAUGGCUGGGAAGGCGUGAAAAGCGGAUUUGUUCCCAACACGGUCCAUUCCUCUGAGGAGGUCACAAAAGGAAGUCGGCAGUGUUUCUGCUGAUGAAUGCAGCACCUGAGCUGGAAGGUGGUAUAAAUAUAUCGUUUUUGGGACUUACUCACUUUACUCUCACAUGUACGGCUCUAUAAAAUCAUCCGUUUAAAGCUAAGCUCAGAUUCCUGACAGAUAUAGAAGCACAAGAAGCACCCCAACCUCUCACCAUUUCAUCUGCAUGUUUAUGUGUUUCUGAAGCUUUUGGAAACUGCGGCCACCGUUGGCCUUUUUUCUCUAGUGAUCCCUCCUGGGGCUGGAUUUGUUGUAGCCAGAGACUCAAACUGCUAGACUGGUGUCCAUCUGCGUUUCAUCAACAUGAUUUCAGUUUUGGUCCCAAGACUGAACCUCACUGCACCAAAACCCGUUACAGAGGAAUUAUAGAAAGUAAUCCUGACUGCUCAAGUGUCCGCCUGUGCUAUGACUAUGACUGGCUCUAAACAUGCAGGACAAGAGAAACAUCCAACCAAGCCAAGCUGAGAGGUUUCCUCUAACCGCUGGAUAAUCUUCUGUAGCCGCUCACUGACUGCCUUUAAGACUUGAUCAUAGGAAGACUGCAAAAACGAUCGUUUUCCUACGAAUGUUUCUGAUGGAUCUGAUAAGAGUGUAUGCAUUUGCGUAGACCCCCCCCCAACCCAAAAAAGGGUUUUAAAAAGAGGUAGUUUCAUGUUGUGCAUCUCUUUAAUUUAUAUAAUACAGUAUACCCUGCAAACUCUAUGUGCUGUGGCAAUUCUUCUCUGUAUUUAGCCAAAAAGAUAAA